AUGGUCUGGUACGGAGUCAUUGCUUUGUCCACGCUAUACGAGCAUCCGAUUCAACAAAACCACUUUGAGCCGUUCGGCGACCCGGACAACGAGGACUUCUUCCAGCGUCAAGCCUUGGAAUGGUACGGACGCAGCCUACGGGCGGCGCAGAAUCCUGACUCGCGCAGCUCUCCGCUACUGACAUUGAACACUUUCAUUCUUGCUGGCGUGGAGAUGCUUCAGGGCAGACCAACAACUGGUCUCAAAUUGAUGUUCCAGGCUUUUCAGAUCAACCAGGGCGACGAAAAUGCCUGUUCAGCUGACAAGGAGAUUCUGGAAGCUGUCUUGCCGUACAUGUUCCGCAGUCUACUUCCUCUGUCUAUCUUUGGCUUCGAGCUAUCCGAGGACGUCAGAGCUCGUGCUAAGUUGCACCCCAACAAUAACGGUGCUUCGACAGAAGCGACUGUACUACGGAUGAUGACAGAGCUCUAUGACGUGGCUUAUCAGGUCCAACGCUUCUGCAAUUCUUCAUCCAUGAUCGCUCCGGAUGAUGCAGCGGAGGCACGACGGGAGACUUUGAUUGAACAAAUGUUUCAAUGGAGAUCGGCUGUGGAAGAGUCCGGAGUCAUGUCUUGUACCGGGGAACUACGAAGAUUUGUCUCGCAGCAACUGGUUGUCUGGAACUCCGCGGUUAUCCGCUUGAGGUGCUUGUGGGAAACCUCUCUAGGCGUUUUCGACACCCACGAAGAGCAUUUUCAAAACAUCGUCGACGAAGCCGCCAGAUGUCUGGCUUUCAGUGACAUCAGCGAGCGCAAAAUUCCUUUCGAUAUCGCCGUUGUGCCAUGUCUAUUCUACGCGACCUGGGCUUGCCGUAAGCCGAGCAUUCGAAGGAAGGCACUAUCGCUACUCAAGGACCGCGCGCCCCGCGAAGAACAUCUCUGGACUGCCGAUGCCUGCAUUCAUGUCAUGCAGUCAGUGAUCGCAGCGGAAGAAGGCACCGACGGUUUUGUGCCAGAAAUUAAGAUGGUCUAG